CCAUUUCGGUGUCCCCGGCAAUAACGAAACAUUGAGGACGUCCAUAGAAAGAACUACAAACAGCCUGGAGCGAUGCCAACGGGCAGCUCCCAACACCGCCCAACCUGGCUCUCGUCUGCACUUUUAUUAGACAAUAAAACUUCCUGAAUGAGACACAACCCAAAACAAGACUGGAAGAUAACCGAACAACACGUCCCCGUCUUCAUUCAGCUUUAUUUAGUCGCACUGGAGUGCUAACAGAAUAGAUUGAAUCACCUGGUCUCGAAGCUGCUGUUCUAACGUUACUUCGUUACCUAUAGAGGUGAUUUGCUGUUUUCCGGUCAACGGUCCGCCGCUUCUCUCAUCACUGGCAACCAUCUUUUAUCAGAUCCUUGUCUGCUCCCAUUCUGUCAGUCUCCAUGACUGAUUGAAUGCAGUGAAACCGGCAUCAGUGGACGAGUGCACGCACAGGGGUCCAUCGAUUGGUCAAGGAUGACCAUGGGAGACAUGAAGAAUGAUGCAGCUGCUGCCUCGCUGGCUCCGAUGGCUCUCUACACCGUGAUGUUUCCUGUCUUUAAGGAGUUGGAGAAGAUCAAUUUAUCAGCAGCGCAGACCUUGAGAACCGCUUUUAUAAAGGCAGAGAAGGAGACCCCGGGCCUUACCCAGGACGUUGUUGUCAAAAUGUUGGAAAAGAAGAAGUUAAAAAUUAACUAUAACGAGGCUCUGCUUCGCAUGGCUGGAGAUGAUAUGCAGGAGUUGAUGAUUGACAGGAAAGAGCCAGAGUUCCAGGAGCUGAACGAGAGGGCCCGAGCUCUGAAACACAUCCUAAGCACCCUGCCUGAUGAGAUCAAUGACCGAAUGGGCUUGCUACGUACCAUCAAAGAUGUUGCCAGUGCCAUCAAGGAGCUGCUAAACACAGUUAAUACUGUCUUAAGGAAAUACCAACAUCAGAACAGACGGGUAGUGGAACAGCAGAAGAAAGAGUUUGUGAAAUACUCCAAGAGCUUCAGUGACACUCUCAAAACCUACUUCAAAGAUGGAAAAGCGGUAAAUGUGUUUGUCAGCGCCAACCAGCUCACCCACCAAACCAACAUGAUAAUGCGGGCCUUCAAGACUGGCAGCCCAGCGGCGGCGGCCCGAGAAGACGCGAAGAACAGACGCGCACAGACGCAGGAGAAGCGUUUUCAUUAGAAGACAGGCGAAACGAGGCUUUUUAAUUUGUAAAGGUGUUUUAUUAUAUUUUGGGGGGCUGUAUAAUUUAUAAUUCUGUGGCUCUGAGGGGAGAUCAGGUAGUUUCGAGUUUCAAAGCAAGUCAGGCUGACAGUAAUUGCUGGGGAUUUUUUUUACUCUCUUUAAUGUUGUUCUUUUAUCAGAUCCUUAAGUCAAUAUUUUCUACGCUCCCCUCUGCAUUUUCCACUCUGUUCAGAUCAUGUUGGUGUUUCCCUUGUCCUUAAAAGUUUGGCAAUUGCAUACAAGUCCUUAAAAGUUAUCAUUUUGGCAAUUACUAAUAUUCAGCCAAUAUGGUUUGCAGUCAUUUGUAAUUUGAUUGAUUUGCCAAAUGUUUUUAAAGACCAAGAUGCCAUCCUUAAAUGUUUUGUUUUUGUUUUUUUUUUGUUAUUUUGGUCUGACUAAAAGCCCACUGAUUUACUGGAGAUGUAAAAAUAUAUAUGUAUAUAUGAAUAUAUCUCAGUAGUUUCUAACCCUUUUUCUUUAGCUCCCCAUAGGUAUUAUCUAUAUGUGCCAUAUGUGUAUACACAUGUAUACUUAACUGGACUUCUCUCACUGUCUCGUAGUUUAAUGUUUUCAGCUACAGCGUUACUACUCCAAAGCUGCAGAUUUCAAUUCAUUUCAAAUGAGUGACGACUUAACCUUCACCCUGUUUACGCAGAUGUCUCUGAUUAUGAACAUAUUGUCUCUUUGUCACCUUCUGUUCAACUCCUACUCUGUAGUUUCCAUGACGUUUUCAAGGCCAGUGAAAAUAAAAUGAAGGGACCUGAACUUCCUUGAGAACUCUUAAAGAAGUCAUGACGAGUCAAACCACUUUUCUUCUUCUUCCUCUUGCAAAUUAAAGAGUUCUGACGUGUGAGAAAGAUUUUUCCAAAA